CCCGAAGCCUUGUCGGCCCGGGGCCGUGGGGCGGUCGGGCCCUCGAGCGUCCGGACGAAGGCCCGCGGCGAGGCGCUCGCCGUCGCCGCCGGACGGCUGGGGCGCGGCAGCCUGCCGGCGGUUGUCGUGCUGCGCCCUGGGCACAUCUACGACGACACCCGGGCGGGCGACCCGCUCGUCCCGCUGCUGAGGAGGACGCCGCCCCUGCGGCUCGGCACGGGCGAGGCGCGCAUGUCGAUGGUCUCCGUCCCGAGGCUUGUCGACGCGAUGCUGGCGGCGGCCCGCGGGGCGGAGGCCCUGAGGGGCCGGUCCCUCGCCCUGCGGGAGCUCGACGCGAACUUCCAGCAGUUCUACCAGGAGCGGCUGCUGGGCCGCCGGCUGGUGGGCCCGGUCGUCCCCGCCUGGGCCCUGCUGCUGGCCGCGCGCGCCGCGGACGCGUGGUGCUCGGCCGGGGGCCGCCUGUGGCGCUCGCGGCUCUGCGGCGCCUGCCGCCGGCGCGCGGGUGGCCCGGGCGCCGCCCGGGCGGCGGGCUGGGGGCUCGUGGCGGCCUGCCUCUUCGAGCGGGACCCGCUCAGGUGCUUUACCGAGGACGGCAUGCGCCAAAUGCUGCUGCACCUCAGCCUGGACGACUCGGCCACGCCCCGUGACCUGAGGGCCUAG